AUUCCUGCUACGCAGUCGAACUUCCUUGCCACCUGUUUCUGAUCCCAAUCAUUAUCGUUUCGUGACACAUCGGAAAACGCGUUAUAGGCAGCCUGUCGUGACUGUCGCAACUUGCCCCGCAUAACCCACCAGAAACUCAACGCAACAGAUUCGAUUUGCUCCUCAAUUUUUUUACCCCCCUCGAUCGAAAUUUUCUGGGCCAGCUCAUCACCACAAUACUGCUGAGAAUCUUUUGAGUCAUGGAUAGCGACGGGCCAACGGGCGCGGGAGAUACUAAUCUCUACGAGCUGCUCGGUGUGGACAAGACUGCAACUCCAGAUGAGAUCAAGAAGGCCUACAGAAAGGCCGCCUUGCAACAUCACCCAGACAAGGUCCCAGAAGACCGCCGUGAAGAAUCCGAAGCCAAGUUCAAGGCUGUCACCCAAGCCUACGAGAUCCUCCGCGAUGAAGAGAAGCGUGAAGCGUACGACCAAUACGGCAUGGCAGCCUUCGACCCCUCCCGCGGCGGAGGGCCUGGAGGUGCCGGCGUCGACCUGAACGACAUCCUUGCGCAGAUGUUCGGCAUGGAUGUGGGCGGUGGCGGGCCCGGCGAGCCCAGACGACCGCGCCGCGGCCCCAAUGAGGAGCAGCAGUACAAAGUGACGCUGGAAGAGCUGUACAAGGGCAAGACGGUCAAGUUCUCGGCCAACAAGAAGGUCAUAUGCUCCACAUGCAAGGGCACCGGCGCCAAGGAGAAGGUGAAGCCACAGACCUGCGACCGCUGCAAGGGUAAUGGGUACCAGGAUGCUUAUCAGCAGAUCGGUCCCGGUAUGGUCCGCCGCGGACACGUGCAGUGCGAUCACUGUCAGGGGACCGGCAUGUACUACAAGGAGAAGGACCGGUGCAAGAAGUGCAAGGGCAAGCACGUCAAUGACGAGAUCAAGCCCAUCGAGAUCUAUAUCCCGCGUGGUGCCAUGCAGGGCGAGAAGAUCGUCUUGGAAGGCGAGGCGGACCAGUUUCCUGACCAGACACCAGGCGACAUCAUCUUCACGCUGGUGGAAGAGCCUCACGAUGUGUUCUCACGCGUUGGAGCCGAUCUGUCGGCAGAGCUGGACGUUACCCUGGCCGAGUCGCUGUCUGGCUUCUCAAGAGUCGUUCUGAAGCACCUCGACGGACGUGGUAUCCAUAUCGAGUACCCUCGUGGCAAGAUCCUGCGGCCGGGCGAUGUGAUUAAGGUAGAGGGUGAGGGCAUGCCGCUGAAGAGGGGCGACGCCAAGGGUGAUCUCUACCUCGUUGCAAAGAUUGAGUUCCCUGAGAACGGCUGGCUCAGCGACGAUGCGUCGUAUGAGGCUCUGCAGAAGCUGCUGCCACAACCUGCGCCUGCCAUCGAGGCGGAGGAGAUCGAUGAGGUGGAAUACGAGGAAGACGCCGAUCUCGAGGAGAUGGGCGCUCACUCAGGAGAUCCAAGGUUCGGAGGAGGCGACUGGGUAGAUAUGAACGACGCCGAAGCGGGCGCCACUCAGUGUGCCACGCAGUAAAUGCGUUCCACGACGCAAAAGCACUUCUCACGAUUAUGAAGACUACAGCAUGAGCAGGCAUCCUUGCGUCGAGUCCAUAGGAUAGUUUGUUUUGAUUGCAUCUUAUUAGGAUCACCAGCAUUCGAUCUGAUAGACAUGAAGAAAUGGGCAGCAUCAAAGCUCUUAACGACACUCGGGUUUCUCCAC